GUUUCCGAUGGAAAAGAAGCACAGCAAGUGAAUGAGUACAGAAUGAAAUUCCCAUGAAAUUGAAAGGACAAUGGCAGAGAGCAGCCAGAAGGAAAUCGAAAUCCGAGCCCUAACCGGUGAAUCCAUCACUCUUCACAUCCCUUCUACAAUAACCGUCCAAGACCUCAAACUUCUCCUCAACCAAUCGUUCCCACCCGCUACCAACUCCCCCAAUUUCCACCUUUUUUUCAAGGGUGAGAAAUUGAGAUUGCAGGCUCAGAUUGGUUCUUAUUCCAUCCAACGCGGCGAGUUUCUUGUUUUGGUUCCCUUUGCUAAGAAGGAAUCAACUCGGACCGAUAAACCGGACCCGGUUCAGGCUUCGUCAAAUGUUGCUCACAGUGCUUCAAUCUCUAAUCUCGCGGAUUCUACAUGGUUCAGUAUAAUGGAGGAUUUGUCACAUUUGCGCGAGACCACUGAAAGUGGUGAUAAUGCAUCUAAUUUUGAAAAAGAGAAAGUGGUGGAGAACGAAACUAAAGGGGGUUUUGGUCCUGAGAAGCAAAUAGAGCUUCCAUAUCAUCUCAUAUUGAAUACACUGCAGUGUUCUAGUGAGGUUGCUCUUGGCGAGCAUAAUUGUGAGGUGUUUUUGAAGGUUUUGGAGUCUGUGAAUUGUUUAUCGGAUCUUCCUCUUGGACACUGCAAGUUGUUCGAAAGAGCACGUUUGAAGGGAGGUUGUGCCAAUGAUGGUAACACAUGCUUGUGUCCACCAUGGUUGAAGAUAGUAAUAAAGGCAUUUGCUUUCAUAAACAUUUUUUCCGCGUUUCUUCAUUUGCACCGUAGGAAAAUGACCUCAUGUGUUCUGGAAGAUGCACUUAAUCAGCUUGCAAAGUUUGGAGUCAAACUUGGCCUCCAGGACAUGAAGAAUCUUUCACUUCUUUGUCCUCAUCUAGUAUGUUUUGGAGAUGACUCAGAGAAGACAAGUUUUGGUGAUGUCAUUAUUGUCGUUAACCAUUCAACUAGCAGUAAAGAUCAAAUUGAAGAUAAUCCUAAAAGAGCUCGCAGGUGGUUGUUUGUUUCAAAGAUUGUCAGUACAUUGAAGAGAAGGGAUAGUUCUUUCCGAAAUAAUCUGUGGUCGGCUAUUGAGCAGCUGCCGUUUGAAUUUCGAGAUGGGAUGGCUGUGGGAAUUUCCUUGGAAGAACUGCUUGCAGCAGUCAAGUACCAUGAUUAUGUAGGAAAAGAAAACAAAUCAAAACGUGUUAAGAGAAACUCAACUACCUCAAAACCUGACUUGGACCACAUUGGGUGUCAAGACACAAAAUCAUUACUGGCUGUGGACAUGGUUGAACAUCUUAAGAAAGGAAUUGGAUCCGAAGGACAGAUUGUGCAUAUUGAAGACAUAUGUGCCAGAAAAGCCAUUCACAGUGAGAUCCUAAUUGAACUGUCUGAGAAAAUGAGAUCUGCACUGAAGUGUAUUGGAGUUUCCAAAUUGUACAGUCACCAGGCUGAGUCUAUACAAGCGUCCCUUCAUGGGAAGAAUGUUGUCGUGGCUACAAUGACAUCUAGUGGCAAGUCUCUUUGUUAUAACCUGCCAGUUCUAGAAGUGUUGUGCAAGAAUUCAUCAUCAUGUGCUUUGUACAUAUUUCCGACAAAGGCAUUAGCUCAGGAUCAACUAAGAGCUUUGUCAUACAUGACAAAAGGAUUUGAUGCUGACUUCAAUAUUGGUAUAUACGAUGGUGACACUUCUCAAAGUGAGAGGACAUGGCUGCGUGAUAAUUCUAGGCUGUUGAUCACAAAUCCAGAUAUGUUACACAUAUCAAUCUUGCCCCACCAUCGGCGAUUUAGUCGGAUUUUAUCAAAUCUAAGGUUUGUGGUAAUCGAUGAAACUCAUACUUACAAGGGAGGAUUUGGAUGUCAUACUGCACUUAUAUUAAGGAGGCUCAGGCGACUCUGCUCACAUGUAUAUGGAGCUGUUCCUUCUUUUGUUUUUUCUACUGCAACUUCUGCAAAUCCUCGUGAGCAUUCUAUGGAACUAGCAAAUCUAUCAACACUGGAGCUAUUUCAGAAUGAUGGAAGUCCAUCUGCUAGGAAACUUUUCAUCCUUUGGAAUCCUACUCUGCGUCCAAAAGCUAUCUUGAAGAAAGCACUGUUUGCUAUGGGUACUGAUGAGUUGGCAGAUGAAAGUGCUAAUUUUGUUCGUUCAAGCCCAAUUGUGGAUGUUUCUCGCCUUUUUGCAGAAAUGGUUCAGCAUCGUCUUCGUUGCAUCACAUUUUGUAAAUCACGGAAACUUUGUGAGCUUGUUUUAUCAUAUACACGCGAGAUUCUUCAUGAGACAGCCCCCCAUCUGGUGGAUUCUAUAUGUGCAUAUCGUGGAGGCUACAUUGCAGAGGAAAGAAGAAAAAUAGAGAGUGCAUUUUUUGGCGGUCAAAUUUGUGGUGUUGCUGCAACUAAUGCUCUUGAGCUGGGUAUUGAUGUUGGAGAAAUUGAUGUCACUCUGCAUCUUGGAUUUCCUGGUAGUAUAGCAAGUUUGUGGCAACAAGCUGGUAGGGGUGGAAGGAGAGAUAGACCAUCUCUUGCGGUCUAUGUUGCAUUUGGUGGGCCUCUUGAUCAAUACUUCAUGAAACAUCCCAGGAAACUUUUUGAACAAUCGAUUGAAUGCUGUCACGUUGAUUCCCAAAACAAGCAGGUUCUUGCGCAACAUUUGGUCUGUGCAGCUCAUGAACACCCUCUGAGUGUGCAGUAUGAUGAGCAGUAUUUUGGUUCUUGCUUAGAGAGUGUUUUAAUUUCUCUAAAAGCUAGAGGAUACUUGUGUUCUGAUAUCUCAUCUGAUUCUUCUUCUAGAAUAUGGAACUACAUUGGUCCUGAGAAAUUACCUUCCCAUGUGGUCAAUAUCCGAGCAAUAGAAAGUGUAAGAUACAGUGUCAUAGAUCAGAAAAGAAAGAAAGUCCUUGAAGAAAUAGAGGAAAGCAAGGCUUUCUUUCAGGUAUAUGAAGGUGCUGUGUACAUGUGCCAGGGGAAAACCUAUUUGGUUGAAAAGUUAGAUCUAUCUAUCAAGACUGCUUUCUGCAACGAGGCUGAUCUGAAGUACUAUACAAAGACUCGAGAUUACACUGAUAUUCAUGUCAUUGGGGGUAAUAUAGCUUAUCCAGUAAUGGUUUCCUCCAACAUAUUUCCAAAAACAAAUGCCCAAGCUCAUAUAUGCAAAGUAACAACUACUUGGUUUGGUUUUUAUCGAAUUUGGAGAGGAAGCAAUCAAAUCUUUGACACUGUUGACCUAGCACUUCCUCAAUAUUCAUAUGAGUCACAGGCAGUUUGGGUUCCGGUGCCACAGUCAAUAAAAGAAGCAGUAGUCAAGCAAAAUUAUGAUUUCCGUGGUGGUUUGCAUGCUGCUUCACAUGCCAUAUUAAAUGUAGUGCCUUUACAUAUAACAUGCAACUUGUCUGACUUGGCUCCUGAGUGUCCAAAUCCUCAUGAUAGCCGGUAUUACCCUGAAAGAAUUCUAAUAUAUGAUCAACAUCCUGGAGGGUCUGGAAUUGCAGUACAGGUUCAACCCUGUUUCACAAAGCUCCUGGCAGCUGCAUUAGAGGUUCUCACAUGUUGCUGCUGCUCAGUGGAAGUAGGUUGCCCUAAUUGUGUUCAGAGCUUUGCUUGCCAUGAGUAUAACGAGGUUUUGCACAAGGAUGCAGCCAUCAUGAUCAUCAAGAGUAUUCUUGAUGCAGAGAACUAGUACUUUAAAGAUUGUGCAGGCUAUUCUGAAGUUUGUUUGUAAGUAAAAUAAAAUAAAACCCUAUAAAGUUUGUCUUUAGACCGAGUGAAUAAGGGAUCCACCUUUAAAUCUGCUUGGUCAUAAAAGAUCUCAAAAUACUACUGGCUAACAAAAAAAUGAGACGCUAUGAAACCCGAUUGGAUAUGCGACAAAUGUUAGAAUUAUUUAUAUAUCUUCAUCACCGCGUCCGUGGAAGCUCAACACCAUCUCCUUCUUGAAUUAUUGAGAGAUUGUGCGUAUCUCUAUUUUGUGAUGACAUUACGUAAACCUAUGUUGAGUAAAAUUGCUUCUCGGGCUAUUUUGUAAUGCUCAAGGUUGAUGUAUGUUGUAAAUCCAUGGAUGUGUUGUGGUGUUCAACGAAAACUU